CCAAAAAUGUACGGAAGUUCACGUUCUGUGAGCAAAAUGGACAGUAAUCACAGUGCGGGUCGAAACAACCAGAGCAACUCGGGAAGAUCGCCUCGACUGCCUCGGUCACCCCGAAUGGGCCACCGUCGCACCAACAGCAUGGGUGGAAGUGGAGGAGGUCCGGGCGGCUCUGGAGGCAAGACACUAUCCAUGGAGAACAUUCAAUCUCUUAAUGCUGCCUACGCCACGUCAGGUCCCAUGUACAUGAGUGACAACGAGGUCGCAAUUGGGACUUCAUCUGACCACCCUAAGACUGCCGUAGCGACGGGUCGCUUUGGAGGUAGCAUACCCUAUGGAGUCCGAGGAACGGUUACCGGCAGUACACCUGACAUGGCAAUGGUGCCGGCAGUAUCGACUGACUCUAUGGGCUUUGGAGGCGAGAUCCAUGCAGCUUCAACUGUUCCUCACUCCCUACGCCAGGCGAGAGACAACACCAUCAUGGAGCUCCAAGCCCAGCUCAAGGAAGUGCUAAGGGAAAACGAGCUCCUUCGGAAGGAGAUUGAGGUUAAGGAAAGCAAGCUGAGCUCCUCCAUGAGCUCCAUCAAAAGCUUCUGGAGCCCGGAGCUGAAGAAGGAACGUGCACUGCGAAAGGACGAGGCGUCUAAAAUAUCAGUGUGGAAGGAGCAGUACCGCGCUGUGCAAGAUGAGACACAGCAUCUGCAGACAACAGUGCAGGCGCUGCAGGCCGAGCUGCGUAUCCAGCGUGACUUGAACCAGCUUCUCCAGCCGCCCGGGGAGCCUCUGGCCUGCGAACCCAGUGAGGAGCAGGAACGUCAGGCUCGAGAGCUCUUCUUGCUCCGCCGUACGCUGGAGGAGAUGGAGCUGCGCAUGGAGGCCCAGCGGCAGACGCUCGUUGCUCGCGAUGACUCUGUCAAAAAGCUCCUGGAGAUGUUGCACAGCAAGGGCCCGUCAGCUAAAGCCAGUGAAGAAGAUCAUGAGCGAACACGACGCCUGGCAGAUGCAGAGAUGCAUGCGCACCACCUGGAGAACCUGCUAGAACAGCGGGAUAAAGAGCUGGUGGCUCUCAGAGAGGAGCUGCACCGCCGCCUCGAGGGGACGCCAGAGACCACCAAAACAAAAGCUCUUCAGACUGUCAUUGAGAUGAAGGAUUCUCAGAUCGGUUCUCUGGAGCGGGGCCUUAGAGAGUUGGAGGACCAGGUGAUGAUGCUUCGCUCCAGCAGCAUGUUGAGCUGUGAAGAGCGGCAGGAGGAAGCCAAGCAGAUGGAAGUCUAUCGCAACCACACCAAGUUCAUGAAGAACAAGAUGGACCAAGUUAAGCAAGACCUUUCCAGAAAAGACACCCAGCUUCUUGGCUUGCAGACCAAGUUGGAAACCCUGACUAACCAGUUUUCUGACAGCAAACAGCAUAUUGAAGUGCUCAAAGAGUCUCUAACUGCCAAAGAGCAACGGGCUGCUAUUCUGCAGACAGAGGUGGAUGCUCUGAGGUUGCGUCUGGAGGAGAAGGAGACCACGUUAAACAAAAAGAGUAAGCAGAUUCAAGAAAUGUCUGAAGAAAAAAGCACACUCAAUGGGGAAAUACAUGAUCUGAAGGACAUGCUGGAUGUCAAGGAGCGUAAAGUCAACGUGCUCCAGAAAAAAAUUGAAAACUUGCAGGAGCAGCUGAGGGAUAAAGAGAAACAGAUGAGCAGUCUGAGAGAGAGGGUUAAAUCCUUACAGACGGACACCUCUAAUACAGACACUGCCCUGACCACACUGGAGGACUCACUGGCUGAGAAGGAACGUAUUAUUGAGCGUCUGAAGGAGCAACGUGACCGUGAGGAGCGAGAGAAAGCCGAAGAGCUGGACACCAGUAAAAAAGAGCUGAAGGAGUUAAAGGAGAAAGUCAGUCUGCUGCAGGGAGACCUGUCAGACCGUGAGACUUCUCUGCUGGACCUGAAAGAGCAUGCGUCGUCCCUGGCCUCGUCUGGCCUGAAGAAAGACUCCAAACUGAAGAGUCUAGAGAUCGCCCUUGAGCAGAGGAGAGAGGAGUGCAGUAAACUGGAGAACCAACUCAAGAAGGCCCACAGUGCUGCAGUGAACGCCCAGGCCAAUGCCGAGAUUUCUGAGCGCAUUUCUUCGCUUGAAGCUGAUGUGUCCAGACACAGAGAGGACUCGGCCAAAGCCCAGGCUGAAGUCGAUCGUCUACUGGACAUCCUGCGUCAGAUGGAGAAUGAGAAGAAUGACAAGGACAGAAAAAUCAGUGAGCUGGAGAGGCAAAUGAAAGAGCAGAGUAAGAAGUCUGGCAAACACAAGGAGCCGCCGGGAAAGGGCAGAAAUGUCAACGAUGGCCCACAGCAGGAGUCUCUGCGGCAGAAGGCAGAGCGUAUCGAGGAGCUGGAAGAGGCUCUCAGAGAAAGUGUUCAGAUCACUGCCGAAAGAGAGAUGGUACUGGCACAGGAGGAGGCCGCUCGCAACCACCAGGAGAAACAGAUGGAAGAGCUGCUCGGAGCGAUGGAGAAGGUAAAGCUGGAGCUUGAGUCCAUGAAGGCCAAGAUGUCGUCCACCCAACAGUCUCUGGCAGAGAAAGAAGCUCAUCUGACCACACUGAGGGCCGAGAGGAGACGACACCUGGAGGAGGUGCUGGAGAUGAAACAAGAGGCUCUUCUGGCUGCCAUAAGUGAGAAGGAUGCUAACAUCGCCUUGCUGGAGCUCUCUUCAUCUAAAAAGAAGAAAACACAGGAAGAAGUGGCUCAGCUGCGAAGAGAAAAGGACCGUUUGGUGCAGCAGCUCAAACAGCAGACACAGAACCGCAUGAAGCUCAUGGCGGAUAAUUAUGAUGAUGGAUACUUGAAAACACCACCUGACCAGACCAAUCACAAACCUCCGAAAUCACCUGAUCAGGAUGAUGAGGAGGGCAUUUGGGCAUAG